AUGACCGUAGACACAAGCUUCCUUCCUACCCUGCCUAUCCAGGACGUUGAGCGGGCUUCCCAGCUAAUACAACACGCCUACGCGCCACCGACGCCCAAGACGACUCCGGACGACCUAAAGCGUUUACAACACGAGCUUUUUGAGAUACAGAAACGCCCAGAAGCUUGGGGGCUUGUUAUACCGUUGUUAGAUCACGAAGACCAGAAUGUACAAUUCUUUGGAGCCCAUACGGCGCAGGUGAAGAUAGCAAGAGAUUGGGAUUUCUUUCCACCGGAACACGCAGAGGCCCUUCGAGACGCCAUGGUGCAAUUAACGGCCCAUUCGAUUUCCAAUGGCCAUAGCGCCUUCAUUCUUCGAAAGCUUUUCGUCGCUCUCACUUCUCUGGCUCUCAAACUCGUACCAGGACACCCCACUCGCUGGCCUGAUUGGAUCAUGGCCUGUGUUUCAUCGUUCUCCAGUUAUGGGGCACCUAUGGAGCAUAUACAUAAUUUUCUGUCCAUCGUCGCGGAAGAAGUGGGAAAUGCAGAUCUCAUAGGAUCGAGUAAAAUUCAGAUGCAACAAUCAUUGACAGACGUAACCCCGAUGGUGAUGCAAGCAAUCACGGUGUCGAUCAACCCAGUUCCUGGAGUAACACCUCCUCGGCAAGUCCAGUCUGCUCUCCGUUGCCUUCAAGCGUGGAUGGUAAUCCUUCGCUCAAAUGACCUCGCACCCAUGAUUGCAAUGCUCCUUGCCCUUCUCAAUCCUGCCGGUGAUUGCACCAUUUUUGUAGCUUCCUCCGAUGCCCUACAAGAAAUUGCUUCAAAAUCGGCCUUUUCGGAUGGGUCCUGCGAUAAGACCUUUACGGAACCCUUGUUGCUCUGGCUCGACUCAGUGGGUAGCGACAUUGUAGAGUCAAUGCUGCUGACUGGAGAGGUUACCGAAGUCUCCCAUUCACUCUGCAAACUUCUGGUAGCGCUUGGUGAUCAUUCAACAUCUUACAUUGCCGCUCACAUAUCUUCUGUGGGGGUCGUGGGCCAAAACCCACCAAGAACUAAAGGGCAUCUCACACAGACCUUUCUACGACUGCUUCUAGCGUAUACAGGACUUUCCGGAUACUAUGGCGUCGACGAGGAAGAGAGUGAGAUGACACUCGGAUUUUGGUAUCUGUUUCAAGAAGCCUUGUGGAGUACGGAUUUCUACUUCCCGGAGUGCGAAAGUGAUGGUGAUGGCAAUACUCCGCCUCCCGCCAGGAAGGAUGCCGCUCACAUUGUGAUGGCAAAGACUGUAUACAUCGAGCUCGUACAGGUUUUGCGGCGAAAAGUAGCUUUUCCGCCCUUGAAAAGUGGAUGGUCAAAGGAUCAGAUUGAGAAAUUUCAAGUCUAUCGAAGGGAUGUUGGUGAUACACUUAUCAAUGCAUAUUACGUGCUGCGAGAUGAUAUGCUCCGUUUCUACGUGAAUGAUAUCUCUGACCGACUUGCCACAAAUCAAGAUUGGAAUGAGAUUGAGGCCACCCUUCACUGCAUCAUGUCGAUACAGGAAGCACUCGAUCUAGAGAAAGCAUCCCACCUAUCGCGACUGUUCAGUCCAGAAAUACUUGGUAGACUACCGUCAGAGGGUUAUAACCGCAUCCGACGUACAACCUUGUACCUCAUUGGUGCCUACUCAUCCUGGUUCGCUACACAACCGACCCAGCUUCAAACAUCUCCAGAACCAAAUAUGUUGUUGACUGUCCUCAACUAUGUUGUUGCUGCUCUCCCGGAUGCAUCACUAUCCCUUCAAGCUGCAACCGCUUUGCGGAACUUAUGUGAUGCGAACCGGAAAGCGUUGGCUCCGCACAUCGUUGCCUUUGGACGGCUGCAUGAUGGUUUAGAACAGAUAACGGAUUCGGAGAAGAGCAAAGUAUUACAAUCCAUUGCGAGUGUCAUUCAGGCAUUGCCGCCUGUCGAUGGAAUUCCUCCAAUUGAGGCGGUUGUCCACCCCAUCAUCCAAAAACUGGGUAGUGCCUUGCAGCUCUCCAGCACGCUACCUGAGGAAGCUCGAAACCUCACAAUUCUCCAACUUGAAGUUCUUUCGGGUGUAGCCAAGGGUUUAACUCGAACUGCAGAUGGCAUCCUAGAAAUUGAUGACGACCAUGCCGCCAAAAUUGAGGCAGAAAAAAUUAACAUUGCUCGAGAAGAUCCAAGGGCCCUCAAACUCCGGGAUAAUAUUUUUUCUUGUAUCCGAAGUGUAGUUGACUUAUGGUCGACAGAUGCGGGAAUCAAUCAUGCGUUAAGCGACCUCUUCAAGUCUAUCACCUGCCUCCCGGGUGACGUCACUCUCAUCUCUCUUCCUGCAGGACCUCUUCUUGAGUUAGUCUGCAUCGCAGCGGAAAGACAGCUCACCGCAGCAUGGCUGUCUCUUGCAGCUAUUCUCAUCGCGCAACUCAACCCUCCUGUGUUCGUGUUGACUCUCAAGGCGAGACCCAGUCCGGAGGCAGAGACAGUCGUUGCAAGUGCAUUACCAAUGCUUCUCCAGUGCGGCCUGGGGUUGUUAGGGGCCGCAGGGGCCAUGGAACUCAAUCCGGAUAUUGUUCAGGAAUUUUUCGCUUGUAUGGAUAGGGUCGGACAAGAUUUCAUAGGUGCCUUCUACGCGAUAUCUCCAGGUUUGCUUGACGCUUUAAUGCAAUGUGCUACAACAUCGCUCUCUUUGCAAGAACGAUACUCUCUUGUGGCUGCAUGCAACUUUCUCUCAACGCUUAUUCACCGCAGCUCGGUAGUCGAUGAGCUCUCAGGGCCUAAGUCAUUACUGAUGGCUAAGCAUGGCCGUGCCUUGAUGCGAGCCGUCCUACAAGGAUUUGCAGGUGUGGCACCCAGAAGUGCCGUCCCAAACCUUAUUGAGAUGCUGGGAACACUCAUUAAUCGUUCAAGCGGGGUAGACGGCGGGUCUGGAAUAGCUGGGGAAUGGAUGCGAGAGAUUUUAUUCUCGCCCGAUUUUGUACCUAGCAAAGCAGGUCCUGAGGUCAAGGAAAAGUUCAUCAAAGCAGUUGCUGGCUCACGAUCACUUAAGCGGAUAAGAGAGGCGGCACAACAAUUUACUCUUAUCGCCAGGGGCUUGGAGGGUUCUAGUUUUGGCUAUGCCUCGGUCUCCAUGUGA